AUGUUUUCCGAGGGAGAUUUUGGAGCCGGCGGCAGCGCAGACGCCCCCAAUGGCGCCCCCACGUCGACCGAUGGCGUCUCCAGUGCCGCUGCGCCCGUCGACGACCUCAAUACGACCGACAACAAUUCCAUCACAGAGCCCACUACCGCAACCUCAGCGACUUCCAACACCGAGGCCACGGCUGAGUCGAUGGAGCAUGCCGAGCCCGUGAUUCAUGCUGACGUGGCAGGUGGUGAUGAGCCUGCCCCCGAUGUUGAUGCUGUUGCUGACACUGCACCCGUUGAACCUCCUGCGGGUGCUGAUACUCCUGUUGACGCUACGGCUCCUGUGGAGACCACCACCACCACCACCACCACCACCACUGUGACCGAGGAGCCCGCCACAGACACAAUUAACGACGGUGCUGUUGUUACAGAGACCACCUCUUCCACUACCGAGAGUCUUCCUGCUGCUGAGGGUGCUACUACUGCCACUGACACUGCUGAAGAGGCCGCAAACGGUGCAGAUGCAGAUGGUGCAGCAAACGGUUCCAGCUCUGAACCCAAGCCUGAGACCUCUGAGCCUGCUGCUGCCACGUCACCUGCACCGGCACUGCCCUCAGAUGGUAUGGAUGUAGACUACAUGCCUGCGGACCAGGACGACAAGGAGGAUGACUGGAACAUGGACCUGGAGCCUGAGUGGGAGGCCACCGGUGGAAUCGCCGAGACCACCAAAGUCGAGCCCAAAGCCUCCGCAGAGCCCAGGGACGACAAGGAGGCUGACUCGGAGAUGCUUGACGCAGACACAGCCAUCCCCGACGACCAAAAACUCAAGGAGACCAAGCCCGUGGUCGCCCCACCACCCGUGCCCCGAAACGCGGUGCCCGAUUACAUCCCCCAGGCGCACACUAUUGUGAUCCCGUCUUACGCCAGCUGGUUCAACGUGAACCGCAUCCACUCGAUAGAGAAGAAAUCCAUUCCCGAGUUCUUCAAUCAGCGCAACAACUCUAAGACACCUGAGGUGUACAAGCGGUACCGUGCUUUCAUGAUCAACACCUACCGACUGCACCCCACGGAGUACCUAACUGUGACUGCUGUGAGACGAAACUUGCUAGGCGACGUGUGUGCCAUCAUGAGAGUGCACCAGUUUCUCGAAAAGUGGGGUCUCAUCAACUACCAGGUUGAUAUUGAGGCCCGACCCCAAAUGGUUGCCCCUCCCUUUACAGGCCACUGGGAGGUGACUGAGGACAUGCCACGUGGUCUGUUCCCCUUCCAGGCAUACAGGGGCACUCGUUUCCUGAAACGGGCUGGCGAGAACGGCUCCAUCGAGGAGGGUGGCUCGAUUGAGGCCAAAAAGCCGAAGGUGGAGGGUGAUGAUACUGCCGAUGCUGUGGAUGGUGGCAACAGCAACGACAACAAGGAUACCAGCAGUAAAGAGGGUGGGGCCGAGGUAGGCACCCAGGGCGACACAGUGCGAGUCAAACCCGAACCCACAACUCCCCAGGUUGAGCCAUUUGUGCAGUCCGAUCCCGAAUGGACUAAGCGGGAGGUGUACAACCUGCUCAACGGUAUCGAGGAGCAUGGAAACGACUGGACCGCCAUUUCCGAGACAGUCGGCAACAAGACCCGGGAGCAGUGUCUGCUCAAGUUCAUCUCCUUGUCUACCGAAGACAAGUAUCUGGGCAAGAGUGGCGAUGUUUCAGCGUCUACAUCUGGCCAGGACAUCAAGGUGUCUCCUCUUCAGGUGAGUCCCAAGUACCUGCCGUUUGACCAUGUGGAUAACCCUGUUUUGUCGGUGGUUUCGUUCCUGACUGGUCUUGUGGACCCUACUGUGGUGUCUGCCAUGACCGGUCGAGGUGUGGAGGAGAUUCGAAAGACCCUCAAACUCGAAAUGACUGAGCAAAAGAAGCAACAGCUGCUGGAGCGAAGACGAAAGCGAGAGCAGGAAAAGAAGGAUAAGGAGGCUGCUGCUGCCAAAGAUGGUGACAGUAAGGACGGUGGGGAGAAGGAAGGUGGAGAAGGAGAUAAGGACGACAAGGACGCCGUCAAGGAGGAGGGUUCUGAUGAUGACCCAGCUCUGUAUCCCCCGGGAGCAUCUGACUCUACCGAUGCCGGCACCUCCAUCAAGGACGUGCCUCUUGAGACGCUCACGUCGCUGGGCUACUCUACCCUGGGCACCAAGGCGCAGGUCUUUGCCGACUUUUCCGAGAAGGAAAUGUACCGGGACAUGUUUGAGCUGACCAAGGCGCAGGCCACAAAGAUGGAGAUGAAGAUGGAAAAGUUUGCCGAGUUGGAGCGCAUCAUCGAGAUGGAGCGACGGCAGCUGCAGAUGGAGCGUGAGCAGGUGUUCCUGCAGCGUCUGCUGCUCAACAAAAAGGUGUCGCAGGUGGACAAUCUGCUUACACAGGCUGCUGAGGAGACCAAGAACCAGCAACUGAUUGACCAGGCCCGUUCCAUUGUGCGGGGAGCCACCAAGCUGUCGUUUGCACCUACUGUGCAGGACCAGGCGCUGGAGAACAGUUGUGUGGAAAACUCGCUGGACAAUGUCACUCCUGUGACCCAGAAGAAGCAGACCUUUACUUUCUGGCAGGCUUAG